AUGCAAACAAGAUGCUCAUUUACACGAAGAGUGUAAACACAUGUCAAAAGAUCUACUGCUGGAUUGCAGAGGAGACGAAGGGUGCUUGCUGCGGCUGCCAUUAUCCUGCAAGACACAGGCUGGUAGAACAAUACCAUAGUCAUACAACAGGGAAGAAGUCAGACAAGAUUAUCACGGAUUUUUGCAGCAGGUCAAGCUGCACCAGAGUCAUUGUAACCACGCUUGCCCUGAGUCUGGGUGUGGAUGUACCAGAUGUUGAAAUUGUCGUCAACUGGGGGGUUGAGAGUGCCCUCUCAUACUGGCAGGAGGUUGGUAGGUGUGCCAGGAAUCUUGACAAAGGACUGGCCAUACUCUAUGCGUACAAGAGGUCCCUCCAUCAAACCAAUGAUAGCACCAUGAAGGAGAUGGUAAACGAAGAGAACUGUGCCCGUGACACCAUCUUGGGCAUUUUCAAGAUUCCUGGCACACCUGACCUGGAGAAGAAGGAACGUGUCUGCCACAAGUUGAACUGCACUGAGAAGGCACCAUGUACAUGCUCUUUGUGCAUGUGUUGUUCAAGUUGCUACAAGAGGUGCACAUGUGCACAUAAAUAUGUAUGUGUACUGGCCAGACUUGCUAAGAAAGGCCCUUCAUCCUCCUCAGAAUCCUCAGAGUCCUCCUCGUCGUCAGACUCAUCUCCAACAUGCUCCGCAGCUUCCCCUUCCCACGACGUCUUGUCUCCCUUGGUAGAAGGAAUUAUCUGGUAAGGAUGGAAAGACAUUUGCAGUACAAAUUGACACGUGUCACUAAAAUACGAUGACUUGGCCUCAGGAUCUUCUGGUACGUCUUUAGGAUGGUCACUCGGCUUUGAUAUGCCCAUAAAUUCACAUGCUGCAGCGACCACAUGUGAUUCUGUUGCAAACCUCAAGAGGCUUGUAGCAUAGUUGAAACACUGGGAGAUUUUCGGUGUAACGUUAGUAUGCCCGUAUCUGGAUCUUAUGAAGGACAUACUCCCACAUGAUUUUGUACUCUUUGCAUCAUACAGUAGUUUGUAAGUGUCCUGUAAAAAAGAAAUAACAAAUGCAAAAAUUAUUAAUAUGUUAUGGGAAAAUAUGUGUAUAGACAUAACAUAUAACAAAAAGGUAAUAUUACAGGGAUGUAAUAUAUAGGGACAAUUAACUCCCGCAUUUUGCUCCAAUACACAAAAUGACUAAAAUGUCAUAUUUAAAAGAAUGAUUUUUUCUUUUCUUUAUGAGGACCUAUAACAAUAUACUAUCUAUGAUAGAUUUUGAUUACUGCCCCGAGGGAAUAGGCACUGAUGAAGAACCACAACAUAAUGAUAUGUAAGUACACAACAAAUGAGAGAGUUGUCCAUAUCAUUUGUCUCAAUCGACUGACCAAAUUGCCAAUUUGAAAUUUGCAUAGAUUUAGUGAUCUCACUUUUCAAACAUCCGUAACUUCCUUAUUCUUAGUCCGAUUUCUUUCAAACUUUCACCAUUCUUGUUUCUUAUUUUUCUGCUUCCACACAAAUCAUUUUAUUACCGAGGUUAGAUUAAUUGCCCUUAAAAUGUGUUUUUUUUGUUGUUGGUGCUUUUGGGAAGUGGGGUAUCCCCUCUUUUGACACUUUGGGACAGCUUUAUGCCAUAUACCUACAUCCUUCAUAAUUGG